ACAAGUGUCGUACGUCAAAAGUGUGUAGUUUUUAUGCAGUGUAGUGUUGAAUUAUCACGGAUAUUUUUAUAGUUUGAUAAUGCAUUUUACUUAUUUCGUGUUAAAAAUUCGAACGUUUUUAUGAUAAUCUUCUGUAGGUUGUUAUUUAAUGCUAAUUUUGAGCAAACCUGACAUGAUGUCCGAAUCGGGUGACGUCCCACAGUCCGCAAGUCCCGCCGAAAGGGACAAACCACCAAGUAGAGUAAUUAUAACCGACGAGGAGGCGAAUUGCCACACUAUACAAGAAUGGCAGAAUUGCUGGCGGCAACAAGAUAUAUAUUUAAAUCAUCUAGAAAGGAAAGCAAAUCAACAUGAAGGGGAGCUGGCAGAUUUACGACAAGCCAACGAGAGGAUCAAGGGACAGCUGUUAGAAUCUCAGCAGAAGGAAAAAACUUUAGUUCGCAAAUUGGCUGCUAAAGAACAGGAGACACAAGAUUAUGUGUGUCAGCUAAACGAAUUAAAAAGUUCCCAAGUUCCGACGACCUCAUCUUUACGAACCGUACUCCUAGACCCGGCUAUAAAUAGUAUAUUGCAACAUCUCCAAUCGGAACUUCAAGCGACCCAAUUAAAAUUAGAAGACACUCAAAACGAAUUAUCGGCGUGGAAGUUUACACCGGACUCCAAUACCGGAAAACGUCUAAUGGCCAAAUGUCGUCUACUAUAUCAAGAAAACGAAGAACUCGGCAAAAUAACCAGUUCCGGUCGAAUAGCUAAACUCGAAAGUGAUUUGGCGUUGCAAAAGAGCUUCUCGGAGGAAGUUAGACAGAGCCAAAACGAAUUGGACUCAUUUUUAGCCGAUUUGGACGAAGACGUAGAAGGAAUGCAAAGCACCAUUCUCUUUCUUCAGCAAGAAUUGAAGAAAGCUAAAGACUCUAUACAGACGCUUCAGAAAGAGAACGCUGCUUUGAAGCAAACGUCCAACGGUAGGGCUAACGGUGACACUAGUGUGUGCGAACGAGAACAGACAGAUUCGGACAGCGAGUUAGAGCGGACACGUGGUGUUAAACGGAUUAGAAGGUCUUCGGUACUAAGUAUCGAUUAUAAUGAAGAUGACACUCUUGUUAUUAAUACAAAUGGCGAUGCCACUAUUUCUUCUGAUCCUGAAUAGAAAAUAUUAAUAUAAACACUAUAGAUAUAUAUCUAAAUUAUAACCUACACUUUGCAUUCUCACAAAUAGGUAUUAAUAUUUUUUUUCCAUAUCUAUUAUAUUUUACACUGUGCCAAAAAAAUCGACCAUUUUAUAUAUUUUUUCCCAAUAUCUAAUCUCUUGGUGUAAUUUUUACGAGGUGGGGUAGUUAGCCCACGCGCUCAACCCUCUGUAGAAGAACAACAUCCCUUUCCAGUCUCCCAGAUCUUCAUCUGGUGCGGGAGGUUACCACUAGGAGGUUACUAGAGGAUGUAUUGGCGCAUUACUGGUUCUAUGAAGACCCUAGGCUGGUGAACUCAAGAGGGCCAGACUCAGAUGGUUAUAUAUGCCUGAGGAGCGGAGGAUGCCCAAAGCAAGCCAGUGAUUGGCUAGAUGAUGUCGAAGAGGAUCUCCGGGAGAUAGGUGUGGAGACGUGAUGACUGAAGGAAUGUGGUGGACGAGGACAAGGCUCUUUGAGGGUCAUAGUGGCAGUGUGGUUUUUAAAUUAUCAAGAAAAUAUUAUUUUGGGUGGGAAAACAAAAUGUGAGAGUUUGAGCAUUUGUCUCAUUAAUCCUAAACCAUCGAAAUUAUGAAAUUGAUUCGGAGACUUUUUUUUUAAGAGAAUUUAAUAGUUUACAGAAAAAGAUUUUCAGAAUUUGUUUUUUUAACUUUAGAAUUUGGAACAAUCAGUAAACGUAAAAAAAUCCAAUGGAAAUUCUUGAAGGCAAAUUGAUUCCCUAUAAAACAUGUCUCGUUAACAUUUUUAGCUAAAUCCAUUCAUUUGAAAGUUAAAGUUGGACUCGAACUGAAAAUCAUUUUAUUGAUAUUACUUUUAUUUUAUCAACAAAAUUAUGGAAAAUUUGGAAAAAUCAUAAAAUAUUUUGAUUUAUUAGCAUUGAAAAUGCUGUAGAUUUAAUUUUUUUUUGGUGUUUUUAUAGCUUACAAAUGCAAUUUCCGAAGAAAAUACUUUUCCAAUGCUAAUAAAUCAAAAUAAUCUUUAAUUUUUUCAAAUUCUGUUAAUAAAAUAAAAAUUAUUAUCAAUUAAAUGAUCAAAAUUUUCAGUUCACUUCGACUCCAACUUUAAUUUUGAAUAACUUUUAAAUGAUUGAAUUUAGCUUAAAAUUUUAAGUGACAUUUUUUAUAAGAAAUCAAUUUCCAUUGGAUUUUUUUACAUAUACUGAAUUUUCCAAAUUCCAAAGUUAAAAAAUCAAAUUCUGAAAUUAUACCAAUUUUCAAGGCGUCGUUAUGAGAAAAUUGUCCAUCUGACAAAAAAUCUUUUUUUGUAAACUAUUAAAUUCUUUUUUUAAAAAAAAUGAUGGUUUGGAGACAAAAACCCGCUCCAGAAAAAAAAUAAAAGUUGCUAUGAUAGACCUCUUAAUAUCAAUAUUGAAUAUUCCAAUUCUCACAAUUUUCUUGUUAUCCCAAAUAAUAUUUUCAUAUACUUUCAAAAAAAAUCGAUUUUGUUGGCUCCAUGUAAUAUAAAUAUAUAUGUGUAUAAAAAAAUGUGAUAUUUGACAUGAAAAUGCAGUUUCAAACUGUUCAUUAUUAUAUUUUAGGCAAGAGUUAUUGAAAAAACAUUGAUAAAAAUAUUUAUUUAAAAUUGAAAAAAGAAAUUUGAAACCGAUGACUUUUGCCUUCUUUUUCUAUUUUAUUUUCUCCCCCCAAACAAUUUUCAUCCUAAAAUUUGUUAAAAAAAACUUUGAACCAUUAUUUUAUAAAAAAAAAAUGAAAAAUGUAAUAACCAUUUUGAAUGUCGUGCAUAUGAUUUUUAUAACUUUACGAAACAACUAAUUCCUAUGGGAAUAUAUUUUAAAAAGGUAUAUUGGUUUUACGGCGUUUUAGGUGCUAAUUAAAAUGUCAUACUCUAUAAAUAUCUGCAGGGGUUUUUAUUUCGAACUACUUCAGUUGUUUGUUUAUAAAUUAUAGUAACUACUGCUUUAAAAUAUUUUUUUAAUCAUAUUAUUUUCUAUAAGAGCUAGAUUUUUGUGAUAAUUUCUUUUUAUUAAAAUAUUUGAUUAAAUAUAAACAUAUUAAUACCUAUUUUCAUAGAUAUAAAAGAAAGUUCAGUGUAAAUGGAAAGUAAACGAAUUGUUUCUCCUUGAAAUUUUCAGAAUAACUUGUAGUAAACAAUAUAAUUAAUUUUAAAUAAUCGAGAUUAUGUAAAAUACAGUAUUUGACAAUAUUUUAUGCGGAAUGUCAUGUAAAAUCACAACGUUGUCUAUAUAGUGAUUACGUUAUUCGUCUAUUAGAAAUUAUUUCGUUAAAGUAUAUAAAUGAGAAGAAAAUUGAUAAAUCUUGAUUUAAAUGGGUUAAAAAUGUAAUUUAUACUUUAAAAAAUCAAUUUUUGUGUUAUAAAAACUUUGAAAAGACAAUAAUUGUUGUGUUACCCAAAUUUCUUGAAUGUUCAAGUCAUAUUAUUGUUGUUACUUUCUUCUUUGCGUUCUUCAAGUCUAUUUGGCACUUUGUAAAGUAUAUUAUUGAACCAAUGCAACCGUUUCUUCAUUUCAGUUGUCUCCAAAUAAUUUUAUUCACUUUAUUUUUUUUCCAUGGAUAAUAUGUCCAAUUGGAGUAUUUUGAAUCUAUAGUUUAUCGAUUACUUCUUCAACAACAUUUCACAUUAAAAAAUCAAUUUUUGUGUUAUUAAAACCUUGAACAGACAAUAAUUGUUGUGUUACCUAAAUUUCUUGAGCAUGCAAGUCAUAUUAUUCUGGUUAUAUUCUUUGGGUUCUUCAAGACCAUUUGGCACUUUGUUAAAUAUAUUAUUGAAUCAAUGCAACCGUUUCCUCAUUUCAGUUGUCUCCAAAUAAUUCCAUUCACUUUAUUAUUUUUUUUCCAUUGAUACAUCCAACAGGAGUCUCUUUAAGCAUAUCUCAUCGAAAGUAAGCAAAAACUUCUUCUUUGAAUCUAUAGUUUAUCAAUUACUUCUUCUUCAAAAACAUUUCAUUUUUAAUCCAAUUAAAUCAUAUUCUUAUUUAUUAUUGAAUUUACAUUGAAGUAUUUGUGUUCCGGAAAAUAUAUUCAAAUGCAGUAUACAAAAUCUAGUUAACAAAAAAAAUUUAAUUUUUUGUUUAUUAUCAUUAUUUAUAUUUUUAUGGGGUUGUAACACUUCUUUAAAGCUAUGUUAUACUUGAAAAAAAUUAAUUUACUGCAGCUACAUCAUUAAUGACAAUUAUACUGUCUUUUGCUUCGAACCUUCAAUAGGUUGCAGGUUCAUACCCAACUCGAAGGACCAGUCAGUGUAAACUGUAUGAAAUUACUACAAAGUAAUCUCUGUAAAUAAAGGGGAAAUUUAGUAUUACUAUUGCAAAGAAUUAUAACUGUCGCAAACUGCAAAAACAGAAUAAUUGAAACUUAUUAAUUUAUAGUUUUAACACUGCAAAUGAGUUUGUUAUUAUAACGAUAAAGAACUUUUCUAAAUUGUUUAUUAAAAAGCUGGUGAUUAAACAAAGCGAACACGUUCUAAUCCCCGAAAUAAAUAUUUUUUUAUUAAAUUGUUGAUCCAUAUUUGCUUUGUUUACUUUCCUCUUUUUGUAAUUGAUGGCGAGAUUGGAAAAUGUAGAUUUUUUAAGUUGUUAAAUAAUAAUGAUUAUUAAAAUGACAAUUUUAUG